AAGUAAGACAUGCGCAUCAUCGCUAGACUCGGGUUAUGGCCUGCGAGCAAAAAUGUGUCGGAAUAUUCUAAAAAGGGCAAUGAUCACUCUUCAUCAGCAGAUUGAUCAACAAUCCCAUUCAUGGGACAUGCCGGAGUCGGAAUACAGGUGCGAGAGGGAAGAGAUGGUAACCAUUUGUUUCUUUUCUCCCUCUGAUCAGACUUGCAGUUCACGGAAGAGCUAUCCGUAUAAAAGGAUGUCCAGUUCUCAUCACUUCCUCCAUGCUUUACAUUUUCAAAACAGCGACAACAAACAACACGACAUUCAAAAUGCAGCUCAUCUCGUCACUGGCCGCCGCGGCCGCCCUGCUCGGUGCCUCUGUGCAGGCGCAAUCCGACUCCAUCGUCCUCGGAGGUCUCAUGUCGCUGCGUUCCCUCUCGCCCAUUCACUUUGGCCAGGUCAAUGCUGCAAACGGCAAGUUCUGGAUCUGGGGACCCGGCCCCAAAACCUACUGCCCACCACAGGCCGGGAACUGUCCCACGGGAAAUGACACGGUGAUCUCGCUGUCCAACGACACUGGAAGAGCCUCCCUGUACACUCUUGUCCCCGGCGGACAGAACAUAUAUGUCGCUCCGGAUGCCUCGCUCUCGUUCACAGAGCCACACCAGGAGGGCGUGUUCCCCCCAGGCUCGAUACUGGACGGGUUCUCCUUCACUCCUGCCCAACACCAAGACGGCGUUUCCCUAGUCAACUACAAUGGCAACGGCAGUACUGGCUUUACUGCGUGUCCUGCCAGUGGAGAUUACCCAUGGCAAAUCUUCGCGGCUGUUCCCUCCAAGAGCUUCUCAUCGGAGUGCCUGCCCUUUGGUAUUCAAGGAGGCAAGGUCACCUCAUCGCCCGACGUGUGGGAAUAUAUCUGAGUGGGAGCGCGGGUCUAGCAUUUCAUCUUUCCGUGAAUGUACAGUAACCAUAUAGUUCCUCGUAGCAUUGGGCCUUUCUUUGCGCUGGAACGAUUUGCCUGUGACCACUAGGGCAUAUAUGUAUACAUAUGUAAUCACACUCUGACAGGCUUCUUCUGCCUCUGCAUACAAGAACAGUUCAGCCAAAUAACAGCUGUGGACUAACAAUCCAUAAAUCCCAUACCAGGUUAUCCCUCAGCGAGCUCUGUUUUCGAGUACCUUGUACAUAUCAAUUGAUGUCUGCUAAUAUUCAGUUAGAUCAAUAACCUGCAACCGCGGCCACAUAGCUUUCCCGGCGCCAAAACCAUCCCGAU